AUGUACGAUGAUUCAAAUGAAUUGUUGGCCAUUUCGGAGCCUUUUGUUCGUAUGCUCACUCAUUCUCCCUAUGGCUCUCACCUACCAUACACUUGUCACAAUUGUCGAUCACCGUCGGAUUACGGUAUGUUGAUGAAUCAACCAAGAUAUCCGUUGUACUCAUCCGACGAACAUCAGCAUAAACUUCAUGAAAGUGAAUUCAAAAAUGUGCUCGAGCUUGGAGCUUUCAAACCGGAAAACAUUAAGAUCAACAUUGUCGGCCAUUUGCUGACCGUUCGUGGUGAGCGAAAUGAGAAAGCGGACAAUUUUGAAUGUACUGCAAAUUUCACGAGAACUUUCAGACUUCCCAAGGGAAUCGAUCCAGAUUCAAUUUCGUGUCAUCUUCUUGAUGGGAAUAAACUCGAGAUCUUGGGAGUUCAAAAGGGAUGGAAACGUUCAAUCAACAUCCCGAUUGAGACCGAUGAUAUGAGGAAAAGAUUGGCGAGUGAUGCUACGCGACAUGGGUUUGAAAAGAUUGAGCACGAACCAAAAAGAAUGCAACUCGCCGAAAUUCCCGGCGAAACGGCUCAUGAAAUCCCGAUUCAGAAAAAG